UGCUUAUAUAAACGGAUAGGUAGCAAAGUUCUGCAAACUCUGUUGGUAGAUUGUUCGUCAAGUGCAGUGAUUUAGGUAUUUUUCAAGAAUACCCGGUUUUAUUCAACACUCAAGUUUCGUUUUCAUACAUUUCAGAAUGAAGAUCGCAGCCGGGAUUUUCCUAUUGAUAGCUGGUGCAUUGGCAUACCCAGUCGCAGAAACCGACGUAAAAAACCAGGAGGUCCCUCUCGUCAUCACCGAUUACUCCUCGGUGGCCAAAGCUGAAGAUCAAGUGGUCCACGACGCCCCCCAUGGAGUACCCGGUCACGUGCACGACUCAGAGGAAUCCUCGUCGUCAGAAAGCGCAGAAAAAUCCGCCGAAAUCGAAAAACCCAAGGACGAAAACAAACAGGACAAAUCCAGCGAAAGCAGCGAAGAAGGUGUGAUGCAAGAUGGCAUCCCUGCUUCCACAUUGAAGCCCGCCGUCGAAAAGAAAGAAGUUAAGGAAGAAGCGAAAGAACAGCCCAAACCCCAAGAACCUUCCCCAAUUGCCGAAGCCAAAUCCGCAGCACCAACAAAAGACGAAGCCCCUAAAGUAGAAAAACCAGAAGAAGAGAAAAAAGAAACACCAAUCGCUUUGAAAUCUCUACCAAUAGAAGAGAAAACAAAACCAACAGAAAAGCCCCAGGAAAAAGUUGAAACUGUAGUCGCUUCAGAACCACUGCCUACACUCAAAUCUAGCGCACCUGUAGAAAUCCCCGCUGACAAAAAAGAAGAAGCACCAGCUGAAAUUGAGAAACCACUAGCCCUUCCAGCCUUGAAAAAAGAUACCCCAGCUGAACCAGCCAAAGCCGAAGAAGCUGCACCAAGUGAGCAAAAAGUCGAAGCUGCCCCUGUAGCUGAAGAGGCUGUGCCCCAACUGAAAUCAGCUGAGAAAUUGGAAGAUAAACUCGUAGUUCCUACCACUGAGAAAAUCGCUGAAAAGGAGAAAGCUCUCCCUGAAAAGAAGGAGGAACUUGUUGAAAAACCAGAAGACAACAAAGUCGAAGAAAUCAAACAGGAGGAGAAAAAACCCGAAGCAAUCAAAGCUGAAGAGGCAAAACCUAUCGAAUUGCCCAAAGCUAAAUCAGUCCAAGAAGUACAGACCGAGGAAAAGAAACCAGAAGAAAUCCCAUCAGUCAAACCUAAGGAAAUAGUUCCCUCAGUAAAAUCCAUCAGCGAAGGAGAAGACAAGAAAAUUGAAAAGGAAACUUUACCCGAAGCACCAGUUGCUUUAGAAUCUAAACCUGCUGAACCUAAAGUAGAAGAACCUAAAGUAGAAGAAAAACCUAAACUAGAAGAAAAACCCAUAGUGGAAGAAAAACCAAAAGCUGAAGAACCAAAGGCAACAGCCAAAUCGAUCGAAGAAAGUAAAACUGAAGAGAAGAAAACCGAAGUAGUAACAACAGAAAAAUUACCCAUCACCAGUGCAUCAAGUUCUUGAAAUUUCUAGGAAUUCUCCAACUAUACAAGUUCCACAGACUGAAGGAGGUUUGCUUGCCCUUUUGUUCCAAAGCACUUAAAAUACGUGAACAUCUGGUUAACCAGACCUCGAUCCAUCGAUUUUUAUUUAUAUUGUGCUCGAAUUCCUUAUGGUGGAGUGCGUGUUGCUGUCGACAGGGUGGUCAACAAUUAUUGUUUUUCGUUGUGAAAUAGUGUCAUCAUCGCUCAAUGAAGGACUUUAUACAUCAUUUCAUACAUAACCGACUUUGCCAACUAGGUUGAUAAGUACGUCACAAUUUUAGAUUAUACAAGUAAUUUAAAGAAUUAAUUUAUGUAUUUGAACCAUUGAAUAAAGUUUGAUACAUA